AUGUGCUCUCAGUCCUACCACACUGGGGAGGUCUUGGGGUCGAACUUUGAGAUGCAGUUUAUGCCGCCACACUGGCAACGGAACAACAAACGGUUGGACUCCCGGUACCGGAAUGUUAGUUCUCUUAAGGGGGGAAUGUCUUCGUUUGCGAAUAUUCCUAAGCGCGACGUGUUUGCCCAUUCAAGCUCGUAUAGCUUACAGUUCGGGUUACCCGAAUGGUUGAUGAAGCGGCUCUCAUUACCGCACCUGGCGGCAUCGAUGUACAUGUCUUGGGGUCCGUCCCAGCUGGCCUUUGCUUUGAGUUCAACUUGGUAG